ACUAACAACAGUCGGUGUUGUAUGUCAACAGUUCACUCAACGAAAGGAAAAAGGGGAAAAAACAAAACUUUCUCGAAGGCGAUCUCGCUCCCUCUCUCUGAGGUCAAUCUCUGAGAGGUACGUUUCGAAUACUAGCGUUUCUACUGCAAACCCCCAGGAAAGGAUUAUAUAUAUCUUCUAGCGUCCACCGAAUUUGAUCGCCACGUUCAUUGGUUCCAUAUUGAUUAUUCUUUCCGCCGUCGUUAUUAUCAAUGGGACAUCUGAUGCUAGGGUUUUUAGGUUUUGCAGAGAGAAUCGGUUCUGCAAUGGUGGGGAAUUCAUAGCUUCGCUGAGGAAGAUAAUGAUCGGAUUGGGUAAGAGGGGUUCGGAUUGUAUGGGCAAAGAAUGCCUGAGUUGCGUAGUGGGGUACGUCGUGGCCGUGAUCCGACCGUAGAUCAGCGUCGGAAGACGAGAGGUCGAGGAGCGAAGAAAUCCGAGCCCUUGGUCGGCAAUUACAUCAGAACCAGAGCGGCUGUCGCGAAGGAAGCUGCGAAAGCAGACGCGGCGGAAAUCGGGGCUAAGACCCGACCGGUGAGGCCAAGGACUAGAUUGGCCUCGAGGAAUCGGGCCAAGGCUCCGGUGAUUGUGAUUUCGGAAAGGGACGGUGAGUCGGGUCGUGAGCAGUUUAAGGAGGUCAGCGAAAAGGGAGAAGGAGGAGAUCGGAUUGCGAACCCAGUGGAAGAGGUUAGGGCGGAAAGUCGCCGGAAGGAAAUGAUGGGAGACGAUAGCGGCGGUCUAAGUGCUAAUAAGGCUGGUGGUCAGGAAGAAGAAGGGAGCACUGCUCCUUUCCCUGAAAGGGUUCAGGUAGGAGGGUCACCAGUCUAUAAGAUUGAGAGAAAGUUGGGUAAAGGUGGGUUUGGCCAGGUAUUUGUUGGUCGCCGUGUUUCAGGUGGGAAUGAGCGGACAACAGGUCCUGGGGCUAUGGAGGUGGCUCUGAAAUUUGAACAUAGAAGCAGCAAAGGCUGUAAUUACGGCCCUCCAUAUGAGUGGCAAGUUUACAACACUCUCGGUGGCAGUCAUGGAGUGCCCAGAGUACACUAUAAAGGGAGGCAAGGGGACUAUUAUGUUAUGGUUAUGGAUAUGCUAGGGCCUAGCUUAUGGGAUACAUGGAAUUCUUCAGGGCAAGCGAUGUCCUCAGAAAUGGUAGCAUGUAUUGCAGUUGAAUCUAUAUCAAUCCUGGAGAAGAUGCAUUCAAGAGGCUAUGUCCAUGGAGAUGUAAAGCCUGAAAACUUUCUACUAGGUCAGCCAUCUACACCACAAGAGAAGAAGUUAUUUCUUGUUGACCUAGGACUAGCAACAAGAUGGAGAGAUAGUGCUAGUGGUCAGCAUGUUGAGUAUGAUCAACGACCUGAUGUCUUCAGAGGAACUGUUCGUUAUGCUAGUGUGCAUGCACACCUUGGAAGAACUGCAAGCAGGAGAGAUGAUCUGGAAUCUCUUGCAUAUACUCUUAUAUUUCUUCAUCGAGGCAGACUGCCAUGGCAGGGUUAUCAGGGUGAUAACAAAUCAUUCCUUGUUUGCAAGAAAAAGAUGGCAACAUCUCCUGAGAUGCUGUGUUGUUUCUGCCCCCCACCUUUUAAGCAAUUCCUUGAGAUUGUUGUAAAUAUGAAAUUUGAUGAAGAGCCCAACUAUUCCAAAUUAAUAUCUUUAUUUGAAGGGUUGAUUGGACCAAAUCCGGCAAUAAGGCCAAUUAAUACUGAUGGUGCCCAGAAGAUUAUCUAUCAAGUUGGCCAGAAACGUGGUAGGUUGACCAUUGAGGAAGAAGAUGAUGGGCAACCAAGGAAGAAGGUCCGUCUAGGAGUUCCUGCCACACAGUGGAUUUCAGUUUACAAUGCUAGGAUGCCAAUGAAACAGAGGUACCAUUAUAAUGUGGCUGAUGCUCGAUUGGCACAACAUGUCGAGAGGGGAAAUGAUGAUGGUCUUAUGAUAAGCUGUGUGGCGUCUUGUUCCAAUCUGUGGGCACUCAUCAUGGAUGCUGGGACUGGUUUCUCAAGUCAGGUGUAUGAACUAUCACCAUACUUUUUACACAAGGAAUGGAUAAUGGAGCAAUGGGAGAAAAACUAUUACAUCAGUUCUAUUGCUGGUGCUACCAAUGGAAGCUCUCUUGUGGUGAUGUCCAAAGGUACCCAAUAUACACAACAGUCAUACAAGGUCAGUGAUUCUUUCCCUUUCAAGUGGAUAAACAAGAAAUGGAGAGAAGGUUUUCAUGUGACUUCAAUGGCAACUGCUGGAAGCCGAUGGGGUAUCGUUAUGUCUCGCAAUGCUGGCUUUAGCGAUCAGGUUGUUGAGCUUGAUUUUCUAUAUCCCAGUGAGGGUAUCCAUAGACGUUGGGAUAGUGGUUACAGGAUCACGUCUACAGCUGCUACUUGGGAUCAAGCUGCUCUUAUAUUGAGUGUGCCAAAGCGCAAACCCGGUGAUGAGACACAGGAGACCUUGCGCACAUCUCAAUUUCCAAGUACUCAUGUGAAGGAGAAAUGGGCUAAGAAUCUCUAUCUUGCAUCUCUGUGCUAUGGUCGGACUGUGUCUUGAUUCCCGAAGCUUGACAGCUUGCCCUCUGCUUGCACAGUUGCACUGCAGUCAAAAAUACGAAAACUGCAAUCAUGUAAUUGUGAGAAGUCUGUGCUGAGAAGGAAACCAAAAGCUUCUCCGUUACUUCUGAUUGUUGUAUAUUUUUUAUGGAAGCGGAAUCUCAACUGCAAUGACAGAGAAAUAUACUCCAUUUUGUGAUGUAAAUUUAUAUACAAUCAAAUAUUCUACUGAAAACAAGCUGUUGGUGUUACUAACAAGGGUGAAGUGAAACUGUCUAUUCUAUUGGGAGGUAAGGUCCAUGUUCUAGGUUCGGCAGAAAAGGUAGGAGGGGCUGGUAAGGUGUUUAUGGCCAUUCCAAUCCGGUGUAAAUACUGGCAAUUUGGUCCCUCGCGUAUUGUGCUUCGUAAUUGACUUGUAUCAUGGUUUUAAA